AUGUCAGGCAUGCAGCACCUCGGCAAGGGCAUCAUCCGCACCGCCAAAAACUACACCAAGGGUUACUCAGACGUCCAGGCCAAGGUUCGGGAAGCAACUUCGAACGACCCAUGGGGCCCAUCGGGCACUCAGAUGAAUGAACUCGCUCAGCUCAGCUACAACCAAGACCACUUUGUCGAGAUCAUGGAGAUGCUGGACAAGAGGCUAAACGAUAAGGGCAAGAACUGGCGGCACGUCUUCAAGUCGCUGACAGUGCUCGACUACCUGCUCCACGCCGGGUCAGAGAACGUGGUUGUGUACUUCAAGGACAACAUCUACAUCAUCAAGACGCUCAAAGAGUUCCAGUUCAUCGACGAGGAGGGCAAGGACCAGGGCGCGAACGACGAGUCGCGCCUCCGGCACGAGCGCCGCGACCGCGCGAUGAUGCGCGACCGGAUGGUGCGCAACCGCGGCGAGGGCGACGGGGACGACGAGGAGGAGCAGACGCGGGAGCGGAUGACGGCCGAGGAGCGCGACCUGCAGCAGGCGAUCAAACUGAGCGAGGAGGAGGAGGCGAAGCGACACAAGGCCGCAGCAGAACCCGAACAACUCCUUCCCCUCGUCGACACGUCCCUGCAGGCGCCGCAGUUCAUGCAGCCUCAGUUCACCUCCGUCCAGCCCCAGUUCACGGCGUUCAAUCCAUAUCAGCAGCAGGCACAACAGGAGGCGAUGCAGGCGGAAUAUCUACGUCAGCAGCAGGAGUGGCAGAUGCAACAGAUGCAGCAGCAGCAACUAUUGGCCCAGCAGCAACAGCAGGACGAAUGGAUGCGUCAGCAGCAGAUGCUUCAAAUGCAACAGCAACAACAGCAACAGCAACAGCAGGCAUUCCUCAUGCCUCAGCAGCCCUUAGCCGCGCAGCCCACGGGCUUCGGCUCGAACAACCCCUUCGCGCCGGCGAUGUCACUGUCCACGUCGUCGCUCCCGACUGGGCCCCAGCAGACCGCAAGCCCAGUCUCCUCAACAUCGCCACCGCCGCCAUCCCAGUCAGCGCCGCCCGCAGCGCGGCAGAACACGAUGCCCGCCGUCCGGGCGCGCACCGACGACGGCGAGCACGCGAAGCUCGCGGGUCUGCUUGCCAACCGCGAAGAUGGUGUCGACACGUUCGGUAACUGGGGCAACCUACGAUACGGCCAACAAGUCUCGCGGGUGGGCACUCAGCCGACAGGUGCGCCGCAGGGUACUUUCAACCCGUUCGCGCAGCAGCAGCAACAGCAACAGCAGAGCAACGAGCAGCCAUUCUUCUCCAUCUAG